AAAACAUUUUUGAAAAGGUUGAGGGCCUAGCUUGUUCAGUUGUUGUUUGUGCCUCGGCUCAAGCUGCAAGGGACGAACCAGUCAUCAACUGUAGCUAUGAACAAGCUCACUAUAUUGGUGUGUGUCUUUGCCUGCCAGGCUGUCUUUCUCUGCUUUGCGGAUGCGAAUGAUCGCUCGUUCGUUGUGGAUUAUGAAAAUAAUAGGUUUCUAAAGGAUGGACAGCCCUUUCGCUACAUUUCAGGAAGCUUCCACUAUGCUCGUGUACCGAGUGUGCUCUGGAAGGACAGAAUGAUGAAAAUGAAAGCCAUGGGUCUCAAUGCACUGCAGACUGUUAUUCCCUGGAAUUUCCACCAGCCGUACUGGUCGCAUCAAUCAUCCCGUUUCACCGGUGAUCAAGACCUGGGAAAGUUCAUUGACACUGCUAACGAAGUUGGUCUUCUGGUUUUGCUCAGACCCGGUCCAUACAUUUGUGCUGAGUGGGAAAAUGGUGGUUUUCCUGCUUGGCUUACAGCCAAUACAUCCGUCAAAGUCCGCACUUCAGAACCAGGCUAUUUGUUUGAGGUGACCAGGUGGAUGAAUGUGUUGCUGCCUGUAAUCAAGCCACGUCUCUAUGCCAAUGGUGGGCCAGUAAUCAUGGUUCAGGUUGAGAAUGAGUAUGGAUCGUAUGGUGCCUGUGAUCAUGACUAUAUUGACUACCUGUACAAUCUCUAUCGCAAACAACUCGGCGACGAUGUGGUCAUCUACUCCACGGAUGGUCCGACUACUCGCAUGAUCACUUGCGGUAGUUCCAAAGACAUAUUCACCACGAUUGACUUCGGCGCCGGUGGAAGUGAUCCGAUGAACACGUUCAAAGUGCUGCGUGCCUACCAGCCCACUGGUCCUCUUGUCAACUCUGAGUUCUACACCGGCUGGCUGGACCACUGGGGCUCAGGACAUGCGCAUGUCGGCACCGCUGCUAUCGUCACAACGCUGAAAGCCUUGCUAGCUAUCCCGGAGGUGUCUGUCAGCAUGUACAUGGCUAUUGGAGGGACAAACUUUGGCUUUUGGAAUGGUGCCAACUCGCCGCCCUAUGCCCCACAGCCGACCAGCUAUGACUACGACGCACCCCUGACCGAGUCUGGUCGCUAUCACCCUGACAAGUACAUGGCCAUUCGAAACACUAUUGCUACGGCUAUGAAUGUGACACUGCCACCGGUUCCCGACUUGCAAGCGGCCAUGGCAUACGGCAGUGUUAAGUUCACCCAGCAAUGUUCACUGGUCGAUGCCUUGGCUAAGUCCGUGCAGGCGUACGAGUUUCAUCAGCCGCAGCCAUUCGGAGCUGCCCACCAGAGUUUUGGCUUUAUGUUGUAUGAUAAUACAAUGAAGGUUACAAACACUUCAGCUUCGGCUCUAGAGAUGACAGUGACGGGUAUGAUUCAUGACCGCACCGUGCUGCUCAUCAACAAUAUGGCCCAGUAUGUGUUGAAACGACAGGAUUCCGGCUCUCAGUCUCUUAAGAUCGCUAUGCCCAGCGGCUCAAGCUUCAAGCUGGGUUUGCUUGUCGAGAACCAGGGCCGCAUCAACUAUGGUGGUGGUAUUGGUGACCAGAAGGGAUUCAUUGGUACAGUGAGCUCACCGGUGGCAAGCGUUGGUGACGUUUGGACCCAGUACCCACUGAGCCUAGACGAUACGAUGACUUCAAUCUAUGAUUUCCCCCGAUCACCCAUUGACAAAGGAUCUGCCGUCCCCACACCUGCUUUCUACUACGGUACAUUCAACGUGACCAAGAUUGCUGACACUUUCCUGUACACGGACGUCUUAGGAAAGGGUCAGGUGUUCAUCAACGAUUUCAACCUGGGUCGCUACUGGCCAUUAGUGGGCCCUCAGAAAGCUCUCUACGUGCCCGCCAACUUGCUGCUUGAAGGUCAGAAUAAGAUUGCUAUCUUUGAAUUGGUCCAAGGGGUGGACAGCUUGACCGAGGUCAUGUUCAAAGAUGUACCCGAUGUCGGUGUGGCUAACACUGUCGAAGUCACAAGCUUUUCGAAGGCUUAGAAGUGUUGCGCUUGGAAAUAUUAUGGGAUUGAAGAUUUUUAUUCUAUUUAAUCCAAUGCGCCUGCCUAUGAUGUCCAGUUUGUGAACGCCAUCUUGUAAUUGUGCCUGUUGAGCGAUCACUGGAAAUCAGCACAUUAUUGUCAGCUUGAACAUUUCCACACUCCACACUUUACUGGUGUUCGCUUGCUUCUAGAACUAGUAUCUGCGCUUCAGAUCGGUGUGUCUACUUCAAGUAGACAAGAGAUGUUCAUAAUGCGACAACAUUUUUUUCUCAUGCAAGCUGCCAAAGCCAGGGAAUGAAAACAAUGACCAAUGGAGCUUCGACGCGUUUUUGAUUCUGCUUGAACAAUGAUAAUUUCUAUAAUUACUCUUUCUCUGAUGCUUUCUAUGCUACCCUGCUGGGUCUAUGCUACCCUGCUGGCUGGGACAGUGGUACACUGGUUCUGAUGUGUAUUCUUUUGCACAGACGGCGCUUUGCUGAUCUACACAAUGGCAUACAGAGGCAUGUCGAGCUUUGGGUUUUGAGACCUUUUAGAUUUUGAAAAGAAAAUUUAGAAAAUUAUCUUCAAUAGUAA